AACUUAUUAAAUAGUUACGGAUGAUUUAGUUUUAAUCGUUAGUGCAAAUGGAGUUUCUCUCGGAAUCCCUGGCUUACGAACCGGUCGGGUUCGUCCAAUCGUCCCAUGUCUUUCACUACUUCGCUGUUAAAAUUGCAUCUCUGAGUGGAAAACUUCCGCAGGUAAAUUACAAGGAGCUCCUCGACAACCCAGAUCUGUUCUAUUCCUCUCUACUGGGAGGCGACAAAGAACUAUGUGUUCAUGUGCAGUGUCAGCUGUUCGAUUCCAAAGGGUACCCGUUGAGUCUUCCAGCUCACACGCCGUACAAGCCAUUCUCAUCUACGAAGGACUUUGUUUGGAAUUCGUGGCUGAAGCUGCCCAUCCGCUACUGCGACCUACCGGAUGAUACCCGCGUGCACUUCUCCAUCCUGGAUGUGGGUGGAAAAAAUGAUCCCGGGGGCAAGAAGCUGAUCGGAACUGCAUCUACUAAACUGUUUCGAAAGACGGGAUGUCUGAAGACCGGAGCUUACGACCUGCAGGUUGAGAUUGCGGGCAAAGGGGAAAAGGUCAAAUCAGAGGUCAAAUCAGAUGAAACUGACAAGAGUAACAACAAGAAUGAGCCAUCAGACAGCACCGACACUAAUCCAGAUGAUGAUCUUAAUGUACAGUACCCGGAUCCCAUCCACGUGCGAAAGUCUCUGAAGAAAUUUGGUCGAGACGAGCUGGAAAAAUCUAAUGACUUCCUGGACCGAUUUGCAUUUGCUGAAGCUAACAAAUUCAUUCACGCCGAGAACAGAAAAAAUGAGUCACUCUACCUCUACGUACAGUUUCCCAAGUUCAGUCAUCCACAGCUCAAGAGCAUCAACAUCGAAGUAAAGUACUGCGAACUUCUAGAGAACUGCUAUGACAUGAACAACCAGCAGAAUGAAGUAAACGAAGUCAGAGGUAGGGUGUUUGACCCCGACCUUGACAAGUCUAACCUGAUAGAAGAUAAACACAGGCGGUUGAUGAUCGGAGGUAGGAGGGGUCACCACGCCGACCUCAAACCGGACGCUCCCACCAGGAACAGACUAUAUGAGGUGUUGUGUAAACCAUUGACAGAAAGAUUGACAGAAGAUGAGCGCAACUUAGUCUGGCAGUACAGAUAUUCUCUCGCGUCUUAUCCCAAUGCACUAGUGAAAUUCCUCCGAUCAGUGGAGUGGGACAACUCGGAGGAGCGAACAGAGGCUGUGAAGAUGAUGCAGAACACCUGGGCAGUUCCGAGAGUCCAGGACGUCCUCGAACUCCUCUCGGAAGACUUCUCCUCUUCUCUGAAGCUCCCCUGUAGACAGUUUGCAGUGAAGCAGUUGUACAGCCUGCCAGAGGGGGAUCUGAGACUGUUUCUGCUGCAGAUUGUCCAGGCACUCAGAUUUGAAGACAGUGAGGCUAUAGAGAGGAAGAAGAAGUUGGCUACUAUCACAAUCGGACUGGAGAGAUCUCUGGAGUCUGAGCGAGAGCGUUCCAACUCAUCAGGAGAGAAUGGCGCUGACAUGAACAUGUAUGCGAGACAGGAGAGGGAGAGUUUGGAGAGGGAAGAUCGAGGCAGAGCAGAUCUUGCCGAGUUCCUCGUAAUCUCUGCUUCCAAGAACCUCAGCGUAGCACUGGACCUCAAUUGGUACUUGGAAGUGGAGAGCCACGAUGACAAGACAGAAGACGGUGUCCGCAAAGUGUUCAGGAGUGUCAAAGUGUACCUGGAACACUACCUGAAACUACUCGCAACUGCCGCUGAUCAAAAUAGAGACAUAUCGAACAGUAGUAACAGUGACUCAAAGAAGGAAAUGUGUCAUAGCGCCAUCACUGCAGAAGCCAUGCAGAACCAGAUGACAUUUGUCAGACUGCUGAAUGAGCGCAUGUGUCAAGCGAGAGACAAGGGCAAGAGUCGAGAGGAGAGGGAGCGACUCCUGAAAGACAUGCUCAAACAUCCAGUCAUGUCAGCAGUAGCUUCAUCAUCGGGACCAUUAGCAACAGUGCCCAACUACUCCUUGUCGUCAACAGGAGCAGUGGCUGCUUCAUCUGCAAGUGGAAUUGGGUCUGAAAGUGCUGAAGGUCACAGUGGCACAAUUGCAAUUGCGACUGUCACUCACGUAAACGCGCCAGUCGAAGUUUUCAACUUCCACUGCUUUCCCAAGCCCUUCCCCCACCCAGUGGACUCUAAAGUGGUGGUGUACGGGAUAGACGUAGAGGGCAUCCGACUGUUCAAGAGUGCCAUGGCACCCGCCAGAAUCAAGUUCUUCACUGACUGCAAGUCCGCGCAGAUAGCACGUGCUAAAUACCAACCGCAGUUGCUACCCUCAGCCGAAGGUGGCAGUAACGUGGUUAAGAAGCAGGUAGCGGCGGGGUUAGGGGAAACUAAAUUCCUGUCGCCCCCCUACAUGUCCAUCUACAAAGUGGGAGAUGAUGUCAGACAGGAUCAGCUGGUGGUGCAGACCAUCGCUCUCAUGGACGAGAUUCUUAAGCGUGAGCAUUUGGACCUGAAGCUGAAACCGUACCGAGUGAUGGCAACUAACAUGUUGGAUGGGAGUGGCAAGUACACCAAGUGUGGCUUCAUUGAGAUGGUGCCCUCUGAGUCCGUGCAGGAUGUGCUCAAGAAGCACAGACGCAGCAUCAAGAACUGGUUGGUGGCCAUUUCUCCCUCUGCUGCUGAUGGUUCCCCCGGCAGCACCAGCAGUCAGGAGGGGCUGGUGGAUCCUGAAGUUAUGGAUACUUAUGUGAGGAGUUGUGCGGGAUACUGUGUCAUCACUUAUCUGCUAGGAGUGGGCGACAGACAUCUGGAGAAUUUACUCCUAACCAGACAGGGCCACCUGUUCCACAUAGACUUCGGCUUCAUCCUGGACAGGGACCCGAAGCCCUUCCCUCCCCCGAUGAAGUUGAACAAGGAGAUGGUGGAGGGCAUGGGCUACGUGGGCAAUGUGGAGUCCGAGCAGUACAAGGAGUUCAAGAGCUUCUGCUUCGACGCUUUCCAGGCACUCAGAAGAUCUGCCAAUCUGAUCCUGAGUCUGUUCAACCUGAUGAUUCACUCCAACAUUCCAGAUAUCUGUCUCGAGUCAGACAAAACCGUCAAAAAGAUCCAGGAGAAGUUCUGUCUGCAGAUGUCGGACGUGGAGGCCACCCGCCAGUUCCAGAUGCUCAUCGACCAGAGUGUGCGAGCCCUCUUCACCGACCUCAUGGACAAAGUGCACGAACUAGUCGUGGGCAUCAAAAAUUAGCAGUGUGGAAGUGACAAAUUGUACCAGAGAAAGAACAGCUGCAUUCUCAAAAACUCUUGUUGUUCUUAGAUUUUGUGAUCUCUUAGAAAAAUUUAUACGAUAGAUUUAUAA